GAAAAGCAGAGUCAGACAAUGGACAGCUUUUCUGGUUUCCUCAGAUAGGGAGAUUGAACUUCAUCCUGAAAGAAAUUAAAGGCUCCUGAAGUUUUUGAAACAUAGCAAAGGUGAUAGUCAUGAUUUGAUUUCAACAUUAGAAGGAUUCUUGAUUACUGGAAGGAUAAUUGAUUACAGGGAUAGGGUGGAAGUAGAACUAUAGAGACCAAUUUGAGAUGCCUAUGUGAUAUCUAAAUGGACAAGAGAUGAUGGUUCCAUUGUCUGAACUAAGAUUUGGGAAAUGGAGAUAGACGUGGAUGGAUUUGUGAUUUAUUUAGAAUUUAGACCUGACAGGAUUUCAUAAUGAUUAGAUGUCAAGAAAAGGGGAGGAAUCAAGGGUGACUGGCUUGGGUUAUUGUAUGUCUAAUGAUCCAUGGAAAUAAGGAAAUGAGAUGGAGAACACGGUACGAGUAGUUUCAGGGUAAAGAGAGAAGAGGGCAGAUGGUUUCAGUUUUACAACUGCUGAGUUUGAGGUGCCAUUAACACAUUCAUUUGGGGCCACUCCAAAUGCAGUUGACUAUAUAAACCUUGAGUUCAAAAGGGAGAUCUGUAGCAGAGGUUUGGAUUUAGAACUCAUUGGCACAGAGAUAGAGUGAACGAGAUCACCCAUGGAGAUUGAAGAAUAAGCAGAGCAGUCUAGAUAAAACCCUUGGGGGAAUAGUCAGAUUUAAAUAGUGGGCAGAAAAAGAGGAACGUGGGAGACCUAAAAGAAUCAUUUUGAGGGCUAGGAAAAACUGGGAGUGGUGCUACAGAAAACAAGGGAGAAGCAGUUGUAUGAAGGAGAAGGACAGGUAAAAUGACAGGGACAGGAUCGUUGAGUGUUGGAAUAGGAAAUAAUUGAUAAUCUUAGUCAGAACAUUCUCAGUGGAGGGCUAAUAGAAAAUACCAGAUUGUAAAGGGCUGAGAAGUGAGUGGAAUAAUAAAGAACUAGAAACAGCAAUAGUAAAUGGCUUUUUUAAGGAUCUUGGAUGCAAAAGAGAAUUUACUUAAGAAAGAGUAGUAAAUACUUUAAGUGGUCAUCAAGAGGAUGCAUACCGGGGAGAAGUAGAAGGAUUUCCAUGUAGCACUGAAGGUCUUACCAACAUGCACAGUCAUGAUCCUGAUAAAUGCCUAGGUUUUCUGGAUGCCUUCUUGAGCCUGCUUGUGGCCACCCACAGAGACGUAAGGAGGAGAGAAAUCAGCCUGGCAAACACUAUGAAAUGAGGGAUUAGAGGCUGGGAUCCAAGGAGCAAGAGCCACAGCCAGAAGAAGAGGGAACAAGCCCUGAAGACACAUCAACUGAGAGGCCUGCCAUGGUCUCUCUUGGCAUCCAACUUGUGGGCUACAUCCUAGGCCUUCUGGGACUGUUGGGCACAGUGAUUGCCAUGCUGCUCCCCAGCUGGCGAACAAGUUCUUAUGUUGGUGCCAGCAUUGUGACAGCUGUUGGCUUCUCCAAGGGUCUCUGGAUGGAAUGUGCUACACACAGCACAGGCAUCACCCAGUGUGACAUCUACAGCACCCUUCUAGGGUUGCCUGCUGACAUCCGGGCUGCCCAGGCCCUGAUGGUGACUUCCAGUGCAAUCUCCUCACUGGCCUGCAUUAUUUCUGUGGUGGGAAUGAGAUGCACAGUCUUUUGCCAGGAAUCCCGAGCCAAAGACAGAGUGGCAGUAGUGGGUGCAGUCUUCUUCAUUCUCGGAGGCCUCUUGGGCUUCAUCCCUGUUGUCUGGAAUCUUCAUGGGAUCUUGCGGGACUUUUACUCACCACUGGUGCCUGACAGCAUGAAAUAUGAGAUUGGAGAAGCUAUUUACUUGGGCAUUAUUUCCUCUCUGUUCUCCCUGGUAGCUGGAAUUAUCCUCUGCUUUUCCUGCUCAUCCCAAAGAAAUCGUGCCAACUACUAUGAUGGCUACCAGGCCCAGCCUCUUGCCACUAGGAGCUCUCCAAAGCCUGGUCAACCAUCCAAAGCCAAGAGUGAGUUCAACUCCUACAGCCUGACAGGGUAUGUGUGAAGAACCAGGGGCCAGAGCUGGGGGUGGGUGUUGGCUGGGUCUGUGAAAACCAGUGGACAGCACCCCCAGGGCCACGGGUGAGGGACAUUGCCACUGGAUUAUGUCAGAAGGUGCUGCUGAGCAUAGACUGACUUUGGCCAUUGGAUCAAGCAAAGGCAGAAGCAGGAGCUGGUAUGACAGCAUCCAGGUUGAAUUUUUAAGGACACUUGCCAAACCAGCUUUUCUAUUUCUCUCACCUUGCCUCCAUACCUCCAUGCCCUGAGUUCUCAACCUUAAAUUCCAAACCCCACCCCCUACCUUGGGCCAGAUCCCAGAGGCUCCCUCCUGUCCUUUGGUUUGCCUAGGACUCCAUUCCAAAACCCACUAAUCACAUCCCACUGACUGUGGGAUGAAGACUGUCCUUCUAGCUGAGGUUGGCUCAUAGCUCUUUGUUGGGGGAAAAGGAGUGGUGGUUUAUAUGGGCAUGGGUCUAACUUCCUUCUCAAACCUCCCUCCAAAGAGACUGAUUGGUCAGUAAUAGGCCCCAGAGUCUCUAUCCCACUCUUGCUGACUCCGGGUUGUCUAGAGUGGUUUGUAUAUGAACUGAAAGAAAUCUAUAUUGCAGUACCCAGAGAACAGAAACUGGGUGCAGUAUGGGAGGAAAGGAAGGAAGCCUGGGACCACAAAAGACCAAAACCAUUUCCCAAGGCACUUUCCAGGAUUUCCUCACAUUAGUGGGGCAGGAAUCAAGCCCACAGCUAGAGGAAAGCACAAGGAAAGAAGAUGUGGCAAGUUCAAGGCAGCAGCAGACUCUGACUUCACUGAGGAACUGCCUCAGAAGGGGCAGUUUCAACUUUCACUGAAGCCUCUGCCUUCCUCUGUGGUGCCCGACCUUGCCUUCUAUCUAACCCACAGGCUAAGGGCCUUAGACAAUGGUUUCCUUAGGAACAAUAAAUCAGUUUUUCUAGAACUUGACCUUGGCUCGGGAUGACAACACAGGAGCUGUGGGGGACUGAGAAAGAUAUUAUUGUUUGACCUUGGUCAAGAAAGAGUAUGAACUUUUGUAUCUAAGAAGCUGGGUAGACAAUGUGGUGGCUCUGGCAGGUGUUUCUACUGUGCCAAAGAGAGGCAGCCCAUUGGGGAAUCUUCAGGCCUAAUGGAAAAUCAGCUCAAAAAGCAACACCCUGAGUCCCUUGUCACCCUUCAUAUUUCCCAUCCAUUAGAAGACAUUCCACAGAUUAUCCAAGGGCUCCAAUGUGAACAUCUAUGCCCAUGGUGCUGUGUCCAUGAUCUGAGCAAUGGUAACUGAGCUGCUGCCUGGGAUUACAGAUGACGAAAGUAGAAAAUGGUUCCUGGGCAGACAGUUCCACCUCCAAGAUCUGAAAAAUGCUCCAUUUCCCUUGGAAUAGGAGUGCAGAUCAUAAACAUUUGUCCUCAUCAGCCUAAUAUGAUCAGCUUCUGAAAAAAUCCAGUACAUCUUCCCAAAUGUCAGUGCCAGCAGAAGGGGGACGUUCAUGAUCUCUAACAUGCCUUUCGUGUUUCCACCAUCGUGCCUAUAUGCAAACUAUUCUCCCAUCUAGAAACCCUUUCCCCUUAGCCAAGUCGUCCCCAUACUUGGAGAACUUACUCAGCACCACCUCUUCCACUGAGCCUUCUCUGACCAUUCUGUCCCUCUCUUACCCCUCCCUCCUCCAAGCCUCAAAGUAAAAAUUGUUUCUUUAUGCUUAUCAUUCGAAAUUUUUGUGGACAAUUCUAUGUAUGUGUGCAUAUGUCUGACCUCAAAAACACAAUGUAAACAUUGGAGGGCAGGGGCCAUGUUACACCUCUCUGUAUACCCCAGACUAUCUGUAACAGUGCUGAGCACACAAUAGGUGAUCAAUAAACACUUGUUGAUUGAG